AUGGGUCGUCGACCUGCACGUUGUUAUCGUUAUUGCAAGAAUAAACCAUAUCCUAAGUCGCGUUUUUGUCGUGGUGUACCUGAUCCAAAAAUCCGAAUAUUUGACUUAGGUCGAAAGAAAGCACGCGUUGAUGAAUUUCCAUUAUGUGUUCAUUUAGUAUCAGAUGAAUAUGAACAGUUAUCAAGUGAAGCAUUAGAAGCUGGUCGAAUAUGUGCUAAUAAAUAUUUAGUUAAACAUUGUGGUAAAGAUGCAUUUCAUAUACGUAUGCGUGUUCACCCGUUUCAUGUUAUACGUAUUAAUAAAAUGUUAUCAUGUGCCGGUGCUGAUCGUUUACAAACUGGUAUGCGAGGUGCAUUCGGUAAACCGCAAGGUACAGUUGCACGAGUGAAUAUUGGUCAAGUGAUUAUGUCAACACGUGUUAAAGAUCAACAUAAAGCACAAGUUAUUGAAGCGCUACGUCGUGCUAAAUUUAAAUUUCCUGGACGACAAAAAAUAUUCGUAUCAGACAAAUGGGGUUUUACAAAAUUUUCAAGAGAAGAUUAUGAUAGAUUGAUGAACGCUGGUCAAUUACAGUAUGAUGGCGCCAACGUGAAAUAUCUUCCAAAUCAUGGACCAUUAGAACAAUGGAAAAAACGUCAAACAGCUUAA